CUGUCAAGAACAAUCAUAUCACAAUUAUUCUUAUUGCAGAAUUGCCUAUUUAUCACCUCACUUCUCCUUGAUCAUUUUAAAUUGUAUGCAUGAGAUAGUAAGACUUGAGUUAUUUAUGGGCAUGUGGUUAAAACACACCCCUCAUACGCUCAGUAGAUUACUGUUGUGUGGCAAUGUGUCACUACACAGUAAAAGACCAUGCGUGGGGGGGAUGUUGGGAACCUGAGAUGCUGUGAAUAGACAGUUGGCUGCAGGUGAGACUCGGACACUUUACAUCUGUGAAUAAGCAUGACAAAUAUCACAGGGAAGGAUACUGAAAGGCAAAGUUGUUCAUUUAGGAUCCAAACAAGCUGAGGAAGAAGGUGUUUCUGAGAUUGAACAGUUUAUUAAUCGAGUAACAAGUGACAGAUCAAAAAUGACUAACACCAGUGAUCGAAUGGAUUUGGCUUUUGUGCUUCAAACAGGUGAGUGGAUUUCUAUGACCAGCUCCAAUCUAGCUGACAGCAAUAGGCUUUUGGAGACCAUAAAAUCAUUUGUUCACUUUGGAGCUUUCAUUGUCACUGGUCUCUUUACCUACCUCAUCAUAGCAACAGUGCGGAACAACCAGGAGCUGCAUCAGAACCCUCGAUAUGUCCUAUUGUGUCAGCACUGCAUCUGUCUGACCGGCUUCAACAUUAUGGGCACAGUUGUACACGGUCUUCGCAGCCUACGUUGGCCAAUCUCUCGAAUCACCUGUUGGAUCCUCUUCGACCUGCAGGUGGUAAUGGCACGAGGUUUGAUGAUCACCCUCACACUGAUGUCCAUCAGCACUUGUCUGUCCAUUUGCAUGCCACUCCGCUACCCCGUUCUGGUCCAGCGAUUGUACCGCUGGGUCGCUUUGGUGGCUUGCAUUCUCGCCUUAAUCAACCCCGUAGUGUUCACUGUCCUAGCCUGUGUGCGCUUUCCGUGGGACUAUGUGGUUGGGCUGGACACCGAGUGCUCCACGGCUUUGGAGGGCACCGCAUGCAUCGCCAGCGCUUUAGCAUUGCUGUUAUUGCUGGUGCUGCUUAUCAUUAUAAGCUACGUGGUGAUUUAUAUGGAAGGCAGACGUGCUGGCCAUUUCACACAAUCCAACAGUAAAGGCCGCCGCACCAUUCUCAUCCACAGCCUGCAGAUGAGUCUGCACAUUCUUCCCUCUCUCAUCAUCAUUUCCCGACAUCAGGAGGCGCUCCCCAUAGCAGUGUCGAUUUUUAUCCUCUUCAGUUUUGCACAGUCCCUGAGCCCCGUGGUGUUUGGCCUGCGCUGCAAAGAGCUCUACAAGGAUAUGCCUCAAUUUCUGCCUUGCUUCUGGGGAAACUGUGGCAGCUGUGUUCACACUGGGGGCAUAGAGAGCACCAGCACUGGAACAAUAACCAGUGCAGAGACCGCAGCCAGUAUAGAGACUAACGCCUUCACCUGUAUGGCCACCAGCACCCCAUCUGCAAUAACCACAGAGCAUGAGGGCGAGAUUGAGGUGUCAGACUUUGAUGAGUUAACCGUAUAAGUUAGAAAGACGUGGGAUGAGAUGAACAACAGUGUCUCAACAGUGUUAACAAAUAGACAGUGGCCUCUUUAUUUAAAACACGGAAUAGGGAGGUCAACAAAAGAGACAAAAAAAACUAAGUUUACUUUCUAUUUUUUAUCUAAACAACAUCAAAGGUUUGGGGUCAGGAAGAUUAAAAACAAAUGUAUUCAGCUAUAAAGCUAUAUAUAGCUAAAAGAAUAUGGCUGCGUCCAAAAGCCUUUUGAGGCAGCAUUCCAUGGCGGGAAAGCAUCAAGGAACAUCCGGAUCAAAAUUCUGAUUUACUUCCUGUCUCCGGAGGUAUCUUCUUCUGAUUGAAUUUUGAAGGCAGCAUAGAUGUAUUCUUCACUGCCUUCUAUAUCCCACAAUCCUGUGCGUUCCACUCCA